CGACAUAUACCAGGAUCUCAUUGUUUCUUUUGUAUUCUGCUUCUCUGUUGGUUGUCAUGAUACUAUGAAAUUUAUGAUAUAUUGGAUUGAAACUGAGUAUCAUUCUUAGGAAGUGAAUGCAGGAAGCUUAGUCCUAAUCACUUCAACUAUGUGUCAAAAUUUCAAAUUUCUUCUCCAUUCUUCACAUACUAAGUUUUGGAUUCUAUGAUUACCUUAGGCUCUGAUGAGGGAGUAUAUGCUUGGGUUGUUGCAAAUUAUGCACUUGGGACUCUUGGAGGUAAUCCUUUGCAAACAACUGGGAUUAUUGAACUUGGUGGUGCUUCUGUUCAGGUGACUUUUGUUUCUAAUGAACCUAUGCCUCCUGAAUUUUCACACACCAUUAAAUUUGGGAAUUCUACAUACAAUCUUUAUAGCCAUAGCUUUCUUCAUUUUGGCCAGAAUGUUGCAUUUGAAUCUUUGAGGGAAUCUCUCAUUUCAGGAGACCUUGAAUUGACUGCUAAUCCUCUUCAGAAAGGAAUCCAAAUAGAUCCAUGUUCACCUAAAGGUUACUUACAUGGCAGGGAGUUGUGGAAGCUAUCUCCAGGUUCUUUAGCUGAAAAGAGCAAAUUUCUAACCACACUUCAAGCCAGGGGUAACUUUUCUGAGUGCAGAUCAGCAGCUUUAAUGCUAUUAGAAAAGGGAAAAGAGAAAUGCUCCCAUAACCAGUGCUAUUUAGGAUCAGCUUUCAUGCCAAAGCUUAAGGGGAAUUUUUUGGCCACAGAAAAUUUUUUCCAUACUUCAAAGUUCUUUGGGUUGCGGCCAAGGGCAUUUCUUUCUAAUCUCAUCAUGGCUGGACAACAUUUCUGCGGAGAAGAUUGGUCGAAGUUAAAGAAUAAAUACCAUUCUGUCAAUGACGAAGAUCUGUUGCACUAUUGUUUUUCUUCAGCAUAUAUUGUGGCGUUACUUCAUGACAGCCUUGGAAUUGCUUUGGAUGAUGAAAGGGUUAGGUUUGCUAAUCAGGUGAAAAACAUACCACUUGACUGGUCCUUGGGUGCCUUCAUCUUGCAAAGUACAGCUGACUUGAAUGUGCAGCACCACGACCCUGACUGGAUUGUAACCAUCAUUAGUGAUGAUUCGCCCACUUUGGUCUCUCUAAUCGCCAUCACUCUAUUAUUGAUGUUUAUAGCAUGGACGAUAUCUAAAUGGAGGAAGGCCCAGUUGAAGACAGUGUAUGAUCUUGAAAAAGGACGAUAUAUAGUUACUCGUGUUGCUAGAAGAUGAUAGCAUUGCCAUUGCUGAGUAUCAAAGUCUGUUCUCUUACUGUGCAGACGCGGAAGAAGAGCAUGGGUCAUACACGGAAUGCUACCAUCAAUCAUGCUUUACUUCAAAGGCUUCCCUAUCAAUGGCCAUGGGCAAUCUCUGAGAUAGGGUGCCGUGGAGUUUCGGCUGAGAAUUCAGUAUUAUCUUAUUAGUGGGGAGCUUUCUAGAAGGUUGUUAGAUUACUAGUUUCCCAUUUUGUAAUUAUUGAGGGCCAAAAAAUGCUUUGUUGUGCCACUCUCAUUUUACCCAUAAUAAUAGGCAUGGUGCGUGGAGUGAGGUUGAUUAGUUUGUGGAGGUUUAUACCUUCGGCCUUCACCCGUAAAAUGCACGCAUUGUGGGAAAAUUAUUCAAAGGGUGAAACCAAAUUAAAAAGUGAGAGAGACCAUGAGUUGACUAAGAGUGCCUUUGAUAUUGUUGUAAAAUAUCGUGAUUAUAACUAUAGUUUUAUUAAAUUGAGUUAUGAUAU